AGAGAGAGAGAGAGAGGCUGAUGCGAAGCUGAUAUUGGAUGGGGAGUGUGUGAAUGUGUGUUUGAGGAGAGUUGUGAUUAAAUGUGUGUACAGCAUUUAGUGACUGUACAGCAUGUGCACAUAUGAGUGUGUGUGUGCGAGCAUGUGUAUGUAAGAUCAGGAAGCGGAAACAGUAGUUACCUGGAAGACCUAGAAGAAACAUGGAGGACAAAGAAUGCAACAGCGUCGGCAUCAUGAGGCUCGUAUCAGAGGAGAGCUGUAGCUCCACUGUGACAGACGAGUCGCGUGUCUACUACCAGACUGAGAUCUUUGACCAGCUCCCCAGCUCUCUGGCCCGACGGACCCACCACCACCAGGACAGGGGGACCACGGAGACAUCGCACCCAGUAGAGAUGCACCCUGGCCAGGCAGGAGGAGCCAGGGACAGGGCCCCUACCCAGCCGAUCAGGAGCCUGCCGGUCUGUAUGCAGAGGAAGAGAGAGGCAAGAACGUUGGACAGCGUUUGGCAACUGAACGUGGCCCUGCACCACCACCACCACCACCUGUCUCUCUCUCCUCCCCCUCCAGGUAGAUUUGGUGUAGGUGUGAAGGCUUAUUUUGUGUUCCUGAGAUAUCUGGUUUACCUGAACCUGCUCCAGUGUCUGGUCAUAGGAGGGACCAUACUCACACCAACAGCAGUCUAUGACAGCGAUGGUGACAGAGGACUACUGAGGUUUGAGGGCAAUGACUCGGUUUUGGACUUCUUCGUUGGUUCGGGUUUUCUAGAACGUUCUCCAGUGUUCUAUGGGUUCUAUGCAUGUAGUUCUCUGGACCUGCAGUGUCUGAACACGCCCCUCCUCUUCCUCCUCGGAACCCUCACCGUCCUCAUCCUCAGUCUGGUCAUGGUGGUCCACAGGACGGUUGUAGGCUACAAGCACACGUGGUUGCUAGGCAACCACUACAACAUCCACAUGAGCUACAAGGUGUUCUGUGGGUGGGACUUCUGUAUCCAUGAUCCCGAGGCCGCCGCCCACAAACUCAGCUUCAUCAGGAACGAACUGAAGUUGUACCUAGAAGAGGAAAGGUUCCAGCAGCGCGAGGCCAGGAGGACGUUGGGUCAGUGGGCACACCUCUACUCCCUGCGAGGGCUGCUUCACUUCCUGGUCCUGGUUCUACUGGGCGGAGCUUUCUGUCUCAUCUACUAUGCCACCAUGGCCUCACAGGCUGAGAGGAGUGGAGACUAUUUGAUCAUCAGGGUGCUUCUCCAUUACCUUCCUCCCAUCGUCAUCACCCUGGUCAACUUCUUCCUGCCUCACGUCUUCCGCCAUAUCGCUUCCUUCGAGGAUUACUCCCUCACCACCCAGGUCAAUGCUACCCUCGUCAGGAGUAUCUUCCUGAAGUUGGCCAGUCUGGGGAUGUAUCUCUUCUUCCUCUUCAAAAACAGCCAACAGGAAUGUUGGGAGAAUCAGUUUGGUAAAGAGAUGUACAAGCUCUCUGUGUUCGAUUUCCUGGCCUGUUUCUGCAACACCUUCUUCAUCGACUAUCCUAGAAAGUGGUUGGUGGAAAGGUACCCAUCGUCUUGGUUGGCGCGGUUGUCGGGGAAACAACAUUUCCUGAUCCCGUUCAAUGUUCUAGACCUGGUGUACAGUCAGACGGUCACCUGGGUAGGACUGUUCUAUUGUCCCCUGCUGCCAUACAUAGAGAUUGUCAAACUGGUGGCCAUCUUUUACAUUAAGAAGUUGACAGUACUCCAGUGCUGUGUUCCGGCCCAGAGAAUGUUCCGUGCCUCCAGUUCUUCAGUUCUGUUCCACUUCAUGUUACUACUGGGUCUCAUCAUGGCAGCCAUCACCCUUGGAAGUAACCUCCAACAGUUUCCCCCCUCCUCCAGCUGUGGUCCGUUCGUGGGCAGCGCUACAGUGUUUAAUGUAACAGCUGUGUGUGUGGACAGUCUGCCAGGACUGGCCCAGUCCACCCUGAGAUACCUGUCCUCAGAGGCCUUCAUUCUGCCUCUGAUACUGGCUCAGAUUGUUGUCCUGACCACCUUUGAGUCGCGGAGGAGAGCAAAUGGAAAAGCCAUCGAGAGACUGAAGGACAUGCUGGUGAUGUGCACCUCAGAUAAGCAUUUUCUGCUGAAGCAGCACACUCUCUCACUCAGACGCCAGAAGAAAACCUUCAAGGCCCCCACCACUGUUUCAGGCACGAAAGAGGGCAGCCCUACCACCAAGAAGGACCCCUCAGCAGGCAUCGGAGAGGACAGCCAUAUCACUCAACUGAAGGACCCCUCUGCACAGCCUACAGGAGAUGACAGCCCAUCAUAGAGAUAGAGGACUCUACCCAAAAUUCAGUUUUAGCAUGGGCAGCGCCAUUCAGGACUUUCAUCAUUUUGAAGUAGUCAACUGUGUGGAACUUUCUAUGGGUUA